CUGGUUCUUUUGCCAACUCUGCAGGGGGCGCGUCCGAUUUAGAGAUGAGCUGGCUGAGGGGUCACUUGGACUUAACGGUGGGUGGGGGAAAUGACUGCGUUGUGGAAACUGUUUGCUAACCGGACAGGGUUCUCAGCAACGCGGAUGGGGGAAGGAAGUCAGAUGUCGGUGGAUGGCAGAAGAAGAAGUAGAUGUAAUCGUCCAACUUUGCCGGUGAGGCUUUUCUGUUUCUUUUUUUUCCCUUCUAUUUUGUUUUCGCAGAGACCCAGACUGUGGCAAAGAGGCUUCAACAAGAACAGAAGAGAAAGGGUUUGCUAGAGGAGUGAGACACCCCGUGUGUCUUGCUUGAUGAAUGGAUGAAUCGGUGAAAGGAUAGUAGAAGGUAGAACAAUUGAUCAAUCGAUGGAAGGAAAGGUCUCAGCCGUGGGAGAGCAAGCGCCUUUAUCAAUCUGCAG